AUGGCCGUUCACACCAAUAGACAGAUACUUACAAGAGGUAAAAACUAUGCUACAAAGCAAUCGAAGAAAUUCGGUACCGAUGAGGUAACGUUUGACAAGGAUUCCCGUUUGGAUUAUUUGACUGGAUUUCAUAAGAGAAAGCUUCAAAGACAAAAGAAGGCUCAAGAGUUUAUUAAGGAGCAGGAAAGGCUUAGGAGAAUUGAAGAAAGACAGAAGGUUCGCCAGGAACGGAAAGAGGUGAUGGAAGAACAGUUAAAGACGUUUAAAGAGAGUUUGAACUUGGAAGCUGAGAUAGAGGAUGCGAAAAAUGAUAAGACAGACGGCUUCCAGGUAGAAUCUGAUGAAUCCUGGCACGGGUUUGAUUCCGAUAAGGAGAACGGUGAUAACAACAGUAAUGAGCGUAGCGUGAAGCCUAUUUUGAAGAAAGGAGCCAUCACAGAAAUAUAUGACGACUCAACUACUGUUGAAUUGGAAACAUUGGAGCCCAAUGAUAAUUUCGAAUAUUUAGCCCAUCUGAAUAAUGUCAAAUUAGAAAAGGCAGAAAAAGUACUUAACCAAAGCAUAAAUAGAGCCACCAAAUACGCUAAGUUUUUGGGCGUGGAUGAGAAGCAAAAAAAGAAGCAAAAGGUAAAGAAGUUUAGAUAUUUGACCAAAAAUGAGCGAAGAAUAAACCAAAGGAAGGCAAACGAUAAUAAGCGUAGGAGAUGA